AUGCAGUUGAAGCUACUGUGCUCUGUUGCUCUCGCGGCUUCCGUCUUCGCGGUCGACGCCGACCCCCUGGUCGCCACCCUGAACAGCAUCAACAAUGCCUACGCGGCCAUCAAUCAGGGAAUCAGAGUCUGGACGGGGGACUACACGGGCGCUGUGGCGCUCAUCUCCCAGGCGAGCAAGCUGGCCACCGCGAUCGCGCAAACCCCAGCGCCCGACCCGUCCACGACGCCUACCGAUGCCACCCUCCAGGAGCGGCAGGCGGCUCUCGACGCCGUGGCCAAGACGCUGGACGACUAUCUCGAGAUUGCUUACGCCGUCAAGCCCAAGGUCGAAAGGGUGAUCCCGCCCAUCAAGGCCCUGGUGGUGGCCGUCGUCAAGGCUCUGCAAGACGGCUUCUCGGCGCUGGCCAAGAUCUAUCUGGCCGCUGUUCCGGACGGCAAGAAGGCGGCGAGCCAGGCUGCCUUUGCUAGGAUCGACAAUAACUUGCAGACGGUCAUUCGGCUCUACUCGUCUUGA